AUGCCUAAGAACAAGGGAAAGGGCGGCAAAAACAACCGACGAGGAAAGAAGGACGACGGUGAAAACAAGCGAGAGUUGAUCUUCAAGGAGGAUGGCCAGGAGUACGCACAGGUCGUAAAGAUGCUCGGUAACGGAAGAUUAGACGCCAAGUGCCAGGACGGUGAGAACCGACUUGCCCAGAUCCGAGGACAAAUGAGGAAGAAGGUCUGGAUCGUUGUCGGUGACAUCGUUCUCAUCUCUCUCCGAGAGUUCCAGGACGGGCGUGCCGAUGUCAUCCACCGAUAUACUCCCGACGAGGCCCGUAACCUCAAGACCUACGGUGAAUUGAAGGACUUCCAGUUGGUGGAGAACCAGGAAGCUGGUGGCGAGAGCGACGAGGAGGGUGGUAUUGAAUUCGAGGAGGCUGAUAUUGAUGACAUCUCGAUGCCCCAACAUUCCACGAGAAAAAGCCUGCAUUUGUUGGACUGA